UGGUUCUGUACCAGCAUGCAGUAGACAAGAUGUUUUCAUUUUGUUUUUAAUGUGCCAACUUUUCCUAGAGUCUCUCCUUUGUUUUCUCUUCCUUGUAGCCUACCCUGAUGUGUGUGUCUGGCUUUAGUGGUUUGGAGGCUGGCGAUUGGGCGGGGAGCAGGACUCAGUUCUCCAGCUGAGCCUGGGAGGAGUGGGAGGGACUCGGAGCAGCAGCGGGUUUCUCACACCCGCAGCCUUCCAGGCAGUCUUCCUCCAGUGUCUGCCAGCCAGACCCCAAGACAGCACAGCAGUGCACAGCCUGGGGACUCAGCCGAGCUAGGACACCUGCAGCCCGGUGCCCCGGUGGCCCUGACCUCGCAUGACCGCACCAUGCCUAUCUACCCUCCUCCCAGCCAGCUCUAUACUGACCUCAUCAAGUGACCACACUAUUUCUGAAACACCCGGUCACCAGUGUCCUUGAGUUGGCAGGAGGAGCAGAUAUUCAUCAGCCCAUAUCAACACCAGCUAGUGAGCAGGAAACCUCACCAGAGCCCAAGGAACACCAUGUUCUGCAGGAAGUUCAAGGAUCUCAAGAUCACAGGGGAGUGCCCUUUCUCCUUACUGGCCCCUGGUCAGGUUCCUAAAGAGCCAACAGAGGAGGUGGCAGGAGGAUCUGAGGGUUGCCAGGCCACUCUGCCCAUCUGCCAGGACAUUCCUGAGAAGAAUGCACAAGGGAAUCUUCCCCAAAGAAAGACAAGCCGCAACAGAGUCUACCUACACACUCUAGCAGAAAGUAUUUGCAAGCUCAUCUUCCCAGAGUUUGAGCGACUGAACCUUGCCCUUCAGAGAACACUGGCAAAGCAUAAGAUUCAAGAAAACAGAAAAUCUUCAGAAAAAGAAGACCUUGAAAAAAUAAUUGCAGAACAAGCAAUUGCAGCAGGAGUCCCAGUGGAGGCGCUCAAAGAUUCUCUAGGUGAGGAGCUGUUCAAGAUCUGUUAUGAGGAAGAUGAACACAUCCUGGGCGUGGUUGGCGGCACACUGAAGGACUUUCUCAACAGCUUCAGCACGCUCCUGAAGCAGAGCAGCCACUGCCAAGAGGCGGAGAAGAGGGGGCGACUGGAAGAUGCCUCCAUCUUAUGCCUGGACAAGGACCCUGACUUCCUAAAUGUUUACUACUUCUUCCCCAAGAGAACCACAGCCCUGCUUCUCCCUGGUAUCAUUAAAGCGGCUGCUCGCAUACUGUACGAAAGCCAUGUGGAGGUGUCUCUGAUGCCUCCCUGCUUCAGAAGUGACUGCACCGAGUUUGUGAAUCAGCCCUAUCUGCUCUACUCUGUCCAAGUGAAGAGCACCAAGCCUUCGCUGUCCCCAGGAAAGCCCCAGUCCUCGCUGGUCAUCCCUGUUUCACUCUUCUGCAAGACCUUCCCGUUCCACUUCAUGCUGGACCGAGACCUGGCCAUCCUGCAGCUGGGCAAUGGCAUCAGAAGGCUGGUGAACAAGAGGGACUUCCAAGGGAAGCCCAACUUUGAAGAGUUCUUUGAAAUUCUGACUCCCAAAAUCAACCAGACAUUUAGUGGCAUCAUGACAAUGUUGAAUAUGCAGUUUGUCAUACGAGUGAGAAGAUGGGAUAACUCUGUGAAGAAAUCAUCAAGGGUUAUGGAUCUCAAAGGCCAAAUGAUCUACAUUGUUGAAUCCAGUGCCAUCUUGUUCUUGGGAUCACCCUGUGUGGACAGAUUGGAAGAUUUCACAGGGCGAGGGCUCUAUCUGUCUGACAUUCCAAUUCAUAAUGCCCUGAGAGAUGUUGUCUUGAUAGGGGAACAGGCACGGGCUCAAGAUGGCCUUAAGAAGAGGUUGGGGAAGCUGAAGGCCACCCUGGAGCAUGCCCACCAAGCCCUGGAGGAGGAGAAGAAGAAGACAGUGGAUCUUCUAUGCUCUAUCUUUCCCUGUGAGGUUGCUCAGCAGCUGUGGCAAGGACAAAUUGUGCAAGCCAAGAAGUUCAGUAACGUCACCAUGCUCUUCUCAGAUAUUGUAGGGUUCACUGCCAUCUGCUCUCAGUGUUCACCCCUGCAGGUCAUCACCAUGCUCAACGCUCUCUAUACUCGCUUUGACCAGCAGUGUGGAGAACUGGAUGUCUACAAGGUGGAAACCAUUGGGGAUGCAUACUGUGUGGCAGGGGGAUUGCACAGGGAGAGUGACACCCAUGCUGUCCAGAUAGCACUGAUGGCCCUGAAGAUGAUGGAGCUCUCCAAUGAGGUCAUGUCUCCACACGGAGAACCCAUCAAGAUGCGAAUUGGACUGCAUUCUGGGUCAGUGUUUGCUGGAGUUGUUGGCGUAAAAAUGCCCCGCUACUGCCUAUUCGGAAACAACGUCACUCUGGCUAACAAAUUUGAGUCCUGCAGUGUGCCACGGAAAAUCAAUGUCAGCCCCACAACAUACAGGUUACUCAAAGACUGCCCUGGUUUUGUAUUCACCCCGAGAUCAAGGGAGGAGCUUCCACCAAACUUCCCUAGUGACAUUCCCGGAAUCUGCCAUUUUCUGGAUGCUUAUCAACAGCAAGGGCCUAGUUCUAAACCAUGGUUCCAGCAGAGAGAUGAGGAAGAUGGGAACGCCAACUUCUUAGGCAAAGCGUCAGGAGUAGAUUAGUGAGGCCCAUGCUUAUGUGUUUGACUCCUCUGAGGACUUGCAGAAUCUCUGGAAUGACUUUAGGAUUACAGAAGAUGAAAAGCAGUGUUAAAGGUUCAGGGACAAAGUCCUAGUCUCCUCUGUCUCCCAUUUAACAUGACAAAAAAAAAAAGUAUUCACUUCAACUCUUCAACUUUCUUCUAUUUAAGAAACAAACAAACCUCAAAAGUGACUUUUGGGGACAUGGUUUUGUUCUAGAACAAUCACUACCUGCACUCAAAAUCCAGCACAUUGUACAUAUCCCAGGCAAUUGCAGUCAAGUUCAACUGUAUAAAGCAAUGGAUUCUUCUGCAGCCUGUGCCCAGUGCAACGCUGUGGUUAUUAAAGUGUGUUUGUGAUAGUGUCGCCUUUAAAGUCUCUGAGUAGAAAUGACAGUGUUUAAUUCUGUAAGAGAGUCUGGGCUUUCAGCUCCGCCUCUGAUUAGAUUUCGUCAUUUAACCGCAGCGUAUGUAACACAAUAGGCCCGCCCCUACUUUUCAGCUGUAUCUUUGUGUAUGUGUGUGUGUGUUUGCGUAUUUGUUUUCUUUUCUUUUCUUUCCCCGUUUCUUUGUUUUCUUUUCUUUUCUUCCCCCCUUCUUUCUUUCUUUCUUUCUUUUUUUUUAGAAAAUAAGCAAUUAGACAUUAGAUUAAAAUGUAGUAUAAAAUAGUUCUGCAAUUAUUAAAGAAUAUUUUCAUGUUUGACAUUAAAAAUAUUCUCCGUAACCCAAUAUAUCAUAAAACAAACGCCUUUUUGUUUUGACUCUAUAUGUAAUAAAGCCUGUUGUACUUAAUAAUGAAAAUUUACUUCCUAUUAAUCCAUGUAAAACAUACUAACAGCAAACAUUUCAGAAUAAAAAGACUUACAGCCUGAGUUAAAAUAUAAUAUUCUAAUUCAAUUAAAGCAAUGUUUGCAUACAGAGAGCCUGCAGUAGAGCACAGUGGUAAAGUGUUCUCACACACACAUGUCCAAAUGACCCUCUACUGCCAUGUUGAGCCAUGAAACCCAAGGGGAAAAUUUGUUUUAGCUCAGAAGUAGAAAAUGGAACUCAUUUUAAUCUUUUUUGAUAGCUUCUUAAGUAUUUCUGCUGACCAUUUUAGAGUAUGUGUUAAGAAUCAAGUUUUGUAUUAUUUGGUGUGUAUCUGUGAAGUUUUUAUUCUAGUUAAAAUAUCUUAAUAGCAUUUUCUAAAGAAAGCAUGAACACCGAUGGAGAAAACCUUACUGUGGUUUCGGUUUGGGAAUUUAUAUACGUUUUUCUGGAGUCUGAACUCAUUUCUUGUGCCUCCCAUGCCUUCCUCUCCAGCCCCCUUUCUUCCCCUCUCAUUGCACAUGGAUGUGUGAUUCUGGGGAUUGAACACAGAGCUUGUGAAUGCUAGGCAAGUGCUCUGUUCCUGAGUGACUCCAUCACCACGGAGCUUGGAUUUUAUUGCUAAUGAUGUCAGUUUAUAUUCUCCCCAGUGUUAAGUCCCAGUGUUCAAUUUGGUAAAAGGAUAUGACUUUAAAACAGAUGCACAGUUGGGUUUUUGAACCGGUAUUAGCGGAACUAUCGAUGUUCUGACUUUUUAUGAAAGGAUUUGAAAAGAAAAUCAGUUUAAAAGUCCUUUACUACCUCCACUAGUCUCCAGGCAUCGGGAGUAAUUGUCAUCACUUGCCUAGCUCUAGUUUCCCAGGGGUACGACUAAAACACUCCAGUGGAAUUCUUUAAAGGUUGGUAGUGUCUUAUUAAACACUCACUCAUUUCUUCUUUCUGGAAUUAAAAUUCAUUACAAGGAAAGUAAUAGGAAUUACAGGCAAUUAGAAGCAUCAAACAGGACAUUGUUCUCAUCACCUGUGUAUUUAGGAAGUUGCUAUGUUAGUAAUAAUCUGAUUCAGAAGCUUGUACAUUAAUUAGAAUUCCACACUGCCUUUUAGGGAUGGAGAUAGAGCUCAGCGGCAGAGCAACCACCUAGCAUGUAUGCUGUCCUGAGUUCCAGCCCAAGCGGUGGGAAGAAACUCCGUGGAUCUCUCAUGUGUAUAUGAUAUACGAUCCCUCUCACCUCGGCCACCUGUGUACACCUGGAGCAAAUGGAGGGAUUUACUGUAUAUAAUCCAAGUAAAAGAUGUACGGAAGCUCCAUGUAUGGUUCCUGUAACUUUUCUAUUAUUUUGGCAUUUAUCUAAAUAAAAAUAUUAUCAAAAAUUA